AUGUCUGCUCCCAUUCAACACCCAGUGUCUACCACACUGCCCUCCGACGGCUUCCAGCUUCUCUCAUCUAGCGAGAAAUUAGGCGCCGCAGAGGAUGCCCUAUUUGAACAACAAGUCCGAGAUGUGCAAGCAUGGUGGGAGUCGCCGCGGUAUGAGGGGAUCAAGCGACCGUACUCGGCCGAGGACGUCGUGAGCAAACGUGGCUCGUUACAACAGAAUUAUCCUAGCUCAUUGAUGGCACGCAAAUUAUUCAAUCUGCUGAGCGAGCGCGCAGCAGCGGGGGAACCAGUACACACCAUGGGUGCGAUUGACCCUGUGCAAAUGACCCAGCAAGCGCCUCAUCAGGAGGUGUUGUAUAUUUCCGGAUGGGCAUGUUCAUCCCUUCUCACGUCGACUAACGAGGUAUCUCCCGACUUCGGCGAUUACCCCUACAACACAGUACCGAAUCAAGUUCAGCGACUCUUCAAGGCGCAAUCAAUGCACGAUCGGAAACAAUGGGAUGCUAGACGGAAGUUAACACCAAAUGAGCGCAAGAAGACUCCUUAUGUGGAUUAUUUGCGACCAAUUGUUGCUGAUGGUGACACUGGCCAUGGCGGUCUGUCGGCGGUUCUCAAGCUGGCCAAAUUGUUUGCAGAGAAUGGCGCAGCAGCGGUGCAUUUCGAGGAUCAGCUUCACGGCGGCAAGAAAUGCGGCCACUUAGCGGGCAAGGUUCUUGUGCCGAUGGGCGAACACAUUAACCGACUCGUGGCUGCGCGAUUCCAGUGGGACAUGAUGGGCUGUGAGACCUUGGCAAUUGCGCGCACUGACUCAGAAAGUGGCAAGCUCAUUAGCAGUGCCAUUGAUGUACGCGAUCACGAGUUCAUUCUCGGUAUCACAGAGGAGGUGGAGCCACUAGCGGAGACAUUGCAGGCAAUGGAGCGUGAAGGUGCCUCUCCUGCCGAGAUCGACGCAUAUGAGCUCGACUGGGUCAAGGAGCAUAAACUUGUCACUUUAGACGAGGCUGUCGAUACCCACCUUAAGGCUGAGGGCGCCCCUCAGGCUGCUCGAGAUGCAUACAAGUCAUACGUCGAAAAGAACCCUGACUUGUCUUUCUCCCGUCGCCGGGCCUUAGCUAGUGACUAUACUAAGACUCCAGUUGUCUGGUCAUGCGACAGCCCUCGUACUCGCGAAGGCUUCUAUCACUACCGUGCCGGAUUCCCCGCCGCAACAAAGCGUGCUAAGGAAUUUGCGCCAUAUGCCGAUCUCCUCUGGGUUGAAACCGGAGAUCCUGACGUGGAGAAAGCAGGUAAACUUGCUCGAGAUGUUCGUGCAGCAUGCCCGGGCAAGAAAUUCGUCUACAAUCUAAGCCCGUCAUUUAACUGGAUGUCACAUGGUUUUACCAAAGCGACAUUAAAAUCGUUUAUUUGGGAUCUGGCACAGCAUGGAUUUGUUUUGCAAUUGAUCUCGCUGGCAGGUCUUCACAGUAACGCCACUAUCACAACAGAGUUAUCCCGCGCCUUCAAGGAGGACGGAAUGCUCGCCUACGUGCGCCUCGUUCAGGCUCGUGAGAAGGAGCUUGGCGUGGAUGUACUUACUCACCAGAAGUGGAGCGGCGCUCCUUACAUUGAUGGCAUUCUAGGUGCUAUCCAAAGUGGAAGUAGUAGCAGCAAGAGUAUGGGAGAGGGCAACACGGAGAAGAGCUUUUAG